AUGAAAGUCUUCACCGUACACACCGACCUGUUGUUCGACUCAAAGAAGAAACAGUUCGUCAAGGAUAUCUCCAUUACCGUUGAUGGUGACACAGGGCUUAUCUCAAAGGUGGUCGAACGUAAGGAAGCCCUGCCGGAGUCGAUCCAGGCGCCCGACGUUGACUUGAGAGGGAAGGUGGUCUGUCCAGGCUUCGUAGAUGCACAUACCCAUAUCUUCCUACAUGCUUACGACGAAGCACCUUCGGUCGUUCAGAAGCGGGAUGAGAGCUUUGUGGAGAGGAUAGUUCGUGCAGUGAACCACUGUAGACUCGGAUUAAUGGCCGGAUACACCACUUAUCGUGAUCUGGGAUCAGAGUCGAUGAAAGAAGCAGAUGCGAAUAUACGGGACGCUAUUAACCGUGGCUUAACCCCGGGACCCAGGCUAUUUGUCGCCACAAGAGUGAUCGCUUCGACCGCAGCUUAUGAACCAAGAACAGAGAAUCAUCUCGGUGGAACCUGCAUGCCCGCAGGAUGUGAUUCCGCAGAUGGUCCAGAUGAAUUAAGGAAAGCCGUAAGAAGGAGAAUAGGCCAUGGAGCAGAUGUCAUCAAGUUUUAUGCAGAUUACUAUCGUCGAGUCAUGCGAUUCCCCCCGAAGCAACAACACCCAUACAUCCCUUCGAUGAAGUUCCAACCCGUCGAUCCUAAUCCCGAUUUAGUCGUGUUUCAAGAUGAAGAGAUGGAUGCGAUAGUCUCGGAAGCUAAUCUGGCCAGGGCACCAACCGUUGCUCAUGCGGAUUCUAAAGAGGGUAUUCUGGCUGCCGCACGGGCUGGUGUCUUGUCUAUAGAACAUGCUUCGAGGGCUGGUGAAGAAGGUUUACGGCUCAUGAAGGAAAAAGGAGUCAUCUUCGUUCCUACCAUGGCAAUAUUUGAAUUGAUACUGCAAGAGCGAUUCGGUAAAGUGGUGGAAAACCUUCAACUCGCUCACAAGCUAGGAGUACGACUGGCAUGUGGAGGGGAUACAGGUACCUUUCCACACGGCGAGAAUGCGAGAGAGAUGGAGAUCUUCAUCGAAGCGGGAAUAUCAGUAGAAGACACGCUAGAAGCUGGUACAGUUGGAGGUUGGGAAGCAUGCGGUGGUGAUCUAUGUGGAAGACGAUUCGGAUGGUUCGAGGAGGGUUGUGCGGCAGAUAUCAUCGCGCUGGAUACGGAUCCACGUGAAGACCCCAGCGCAUUGAGAAAGGUGUCGUUUGUCAUGAAGGAUGGGCGUAUAUGGAAACAAGAUAACGAGCCGGUUGAUCUGUUCUCUCCCUGA